AUGGCGAGCAGGCUGAAUGAUCAAGUUAUUGAGGACUACCUCCAGAACCUGGACCAGUCUGAGGAUGAUAUGGAAUCCUCUGCAGGAGAAGAGGAUGAUGAAGAAGUUUACUUCGAGAAUAAUAGGCAGUUAUUAGCGGAUUUAGAAGAUGAAGAAUUUGUUGAAGAUAUGGAUAUACCUAUGGAAAGUACUACUGUUGAUCCACCUCUUAUUUUUGAUAAUCAUAAUGACCCAAUUUUAGAAAAUUUGAGUGAAACGCCACAGCCUUCUGGUCAACGGAAUGGGACAGCUCGUCCACGACAAAGCCGUGUAACGUGGAGACGCACAAACCUCACCACCAUUGAUGAUAUUCAAAACUUUUAUCAACUGCAAUAUCCUGACAGCAUGUUAGAAUUAGAGACGCCGUACAAUUUUUUUUUCUCUCAAGAACUGAGGGAUAAGAUCAAGGCAGAGAGUAAUUUGUAUUCUACCCAGAAAAAUCUUUCCAAUCCAUUUGUUAUCACUAGCAAUGAUCUCAAUAAGUUCCUUGGGAUUCUAAUUUAUUCUUCUAUUGCAAAGUUUCCAAACUUCCGGUUAUACUGGUCAGCUCAAUAUGGCUAUGAACCUAUAAAAUCAACCAUGACACAGAAGAAUUUUGAAAAAAAUUGUUCGAUUUUACAUUUCAAUGAUAAUACCACUCACUUACCCCAGGACCAUCCUAAUCACGACAAAUUACACAAAAUUAGACCAAUAAUUGACGAUCGAAAUAGUAACUAUGCUGCUAUUCCUUUAGACCAACGCUUAUCUUUGGAUGAACAAAUGUGUGCAACUAAAAUAGGUCACUACAUAAAACAAUACCUCCCCAAUAAACCACAUAAAUGGGGAUUCAAGCUUUUCUUGGUAUGUAGUGCCUAUGGAUUUGCACACAAGUUUGAGGUCUAUACUGGCAGUGAUAAGAAUCCUCUCGGAAAUGGCGAACCAGAUUUAGGACCAACUGGUAACACAGUUGAGCGGCUAAUGCGUACUGUUCCAAGACGUGCAAACCACAUAAUUUACUUCGAUAAUUACUACACAUCUGUGCCCUUGGUCACUUAUCUUGCAAAAGAAAGAAUAUAUUCCUUGGGAACUGUCCAGUCUAAUCGUAUCCCAAAUAAUAAACUGCCAGAUAAGAUGACGCUGAUGAAAAGAACAGUACCAAGGGGACACCAUGACGAACAGGUUGCCAAUGUCGAUGGUAUCGACAUCAGUGCAAUAGUAUGGAAAGAUAAUAAACCAGUUACUUUGCUGUCAACCUAUACCCCUAUACCGGAGCCUUUCCUGUGA